AUGCCGCGCCUGGCAUCGAUGGUGGCUUGGUCCGUAGUAGCGGUAUCGCUGGUGGUGGUGGCGGCUGCAGCUGGGAGAAGAGGCGCCGCUUGUGGGCUCAGUGGUGACGGCACCAUGCGAUAUGCCUGGGGAAACGCCUUGGACCCUAAGGCAGCCGAUUGCUUGGGUCCCGAGGGCCAGCGUUACCCCAAGAACUUGAUCAACCGAUUCAUCGACACAACGUACACUACGCAAGGCUCGAAAAGUCGUGAGAGCAGAGUACGGAAAUUUGAAAUUCAAAGUCCGCUUCUCACCAGGGAAAUGCUUCUCCAAUUCCACAACCAGCCUGCUGGUGUACAUCACGAAAUGUUGAACGAGCGGAGAAAGAGAGCGACUCAGGUGACGAGAGAAGAAACACCGGCGUCAUCGGACAAUCAACGGAAGGAGUCGAAAGACGAUCCAAUUGCCACAAACGUCGCUAAUGGAAGCUCAGCAAAUGCAGAGAAAAAAUCUGCAACGACUCCUGCAUCAUCUUGUGUUAAUAAUGGUAAUUCGGCGACCCAUGGGACGCCACCGGCGCGACUCUGCCCGACGAGGUACAACACCACGGCGCCCAUGUUCGGUGUCUCACUCACGUCAGGCCGAACUGUGACGAUUGUGCAGAAGUUUCCGGACCUACUUCAACAAGUCGUGUUCGAAGUUUGCGAGUCAUCGGAGUGUGAUAUCCUCCGUGGCGAAUGUGUUCAAACCUACGUUCCAUACCUGUUCCUCGUCAUCCCACUCGGACCGGUGACGUUGACGGGUCAAGACUAUGUGCUAGUGGAAGCAGGCUGCGUCUGUCGGCCGAAAUACGGCGUCCACGUCCCGCAAACCCUGGACGCCUAUUUUGCACCGCCGCUCCCGACGGAAGCCUAUGCGCAGCAAGGGAACCAAUCGAGCGCCAUCAAAUCCCUGCCCUGAAGAAAAAUGGAACAGGAAUAGUGACUAAAUUUUUCGUAAAGUUUCCCGUAAUUAUUUUGCGAAGCCUUGGAGCAUUAAAUCCUUGUACUUCCGUCGGUUUGUGGUGGGAAGGAGAUUCUCGAGAGUCUUUUUUUGUCUUUGUUUUGUUUAUGCUCUCUGAUGUGAGAAGAAGUUUCAUUCAUUCAUGAUUUCUCUCAUCGAUUGAGCGUUGAUCCCGCGAAAAUUCGAAAUUGUGCGUCAAUUACUUUUUCAAGACGCCGCUUUUAUUUCAGGUACAAUUAUGGUGUUUCCUUUAAAUUCGAAAUUUAUAGGCUUAUAUUUUUUUCUGAGAAUUGGAUUCAAACGUAAAAAUUCUUUCAGUUUCAGCAUUGGUCUUUCGAGCAGUAAAAGUACCCGCAAAAUGACUACUGUUGCGUAUCGGUUAAUGGAUUGAAUUAUUCUAGUGGGAAGUCCAUUAGCUGAGAAGUUCGGGAAGAGUAAUUUGAAGCUGUAUAGAAAGCUGAUUGAUUCCCUAUUCCAGAAAAUGUUUUGGAACUGAUUCCCGUAGGCAUUUUCUGCAAAACUUCACGAACAAAAAACACAUUGUUGAAUAAAAUAAUGAUACAUUUCGUAAAAUGAAGCCAGAAAUACCUGGAAAUACGGAGAACGAUGCUAAAAGUGAGCUUUUAUAUCUUAAAAGCUUUUGCUGUACUUGAAAAAUUAUGCUCACAGCCGAAUUUUCCACGGCGACUUGGUUUUUGUUGUAGGAAAACCUCCGAAUGCAGCGUGUAAUCUGGAUCAAUAAUUUGUGUCAGCAUGUGUCCGUUAUUGUCAGAUGAAUUCAUUAUAAGGAUCCAAGAUCAUAUUUAUCAAGCUUUCUUGAAGGGAUUGCAACGAAGGGGACGUUUGAUUGAGUUUCACAUUCAACUUUUUUUCAAGAGAGACGAGUUUCGAACGAAAAGAAGAGAGUUAUUCAAGGUGCUUUUGGAUCUCUUUCAAACUUUUAGGACCAACGAAAAAUCAAUUCCAGAAACGCCAAGAUUUUUUUGGAUUGAUGCGCCAAAUUUUCCGUCCAGCUCUUUCCAAUUAUCAUUUUAAACUAAACCAUCAUCGUGGUUACCUUCUGAUGAUCUGUGUUUGAGGUCACGGUGACGAAGAAAAAAAAAACCAUUCUGUUGUUGACACCGUAAAACCGAAUACGGUUUCUUGUGAUGAGUUUUUGUUCUUAAGAAGAAGAAACAAGAGGAAAGAAACAUUUGUCUCGUGGAAAGCGGUUUGAUCUGUAUACAAAUUUGAAUGACAUUGGUUGCAAUGCUUGUGAGUGUGUAAUUUAUUGCCGGGAAAAUGAGAUGUUCGUGCGGGUUGCGAAAUUAUGUUUUUUGUUUGGGGACGAGGAAAAAAGGAAAUGAUUUGCUCAGUUUGUCUGUUGAGCUUUCCGAGGACGAAAAUGUAUUUUCUUCGAAGGAUUUCAGCUGAAAAGUGUUGACAAAUUCCUGAAAAUUUGAAUGGUUACAAUGUAUGUCCGGAGAAUGGUAACUUAUUUCUCUUAAUGAGAAAAUAUCUAGCAGUGCUGCCUCGGUGAAUGGACUUCACCCAUCCCAGUGAUUAACCGAAAGAUUCGAAUUCGUACCGUAUUUAAAAAUGCGUAUAACUGAUCUCAAUAGCUCUCCUUAAAAUUUCGAUUGAGUAAUGUGAAGCUUAUCGGUAAUGAACUUCAGGUUCCUUCGAAAUUUUCGAAUAAAUUCCCUGAUGAAUAUGAUCUCAAAAUGAAUUUUCGUGAAAAUUACACAAAAAAGCAAGUACAAUAAGUCUCAACCUAAUCUGGACUGCAAAAAAUUCACUUGUCCACAUGGAAAUUUUCCCUCUGC